AUGGCGAACAAGGUGCAUGCAUAUUGGAAAAAUGUCCUCACUAUUGUGCCGAUCGUUGGGGCUGCGGUGGCGACCAUCAUCUACCUGUUACGCCUCUACUGCAGGCGGCUGAAGUCCCUAGGGCUUCUGCUGGAAGAUUAUCUAAUGGGUGCCGGUUUGAUUAUUUCUUACUGUGCUACAGCUUUUGUGAUAGACAGUGAGCAUUUCCCCCCUUCCUCUCGCCGGGAUAUUAAGAUUAAGAUCCUAACUAUCAAAGCCGCCUUCAAUGGCGUCGGUCUGCCGGUCGCAUCGCUCCCCAAACAGGAACGGAUGCGCAUUCAAUUUGGAUCUUGGAUGAUACAGAAGUUCUGGGCCCCGUCAAUGGCCUUCGUUAAGAUCUCGAUCGUCGUCUUUAUUAAACGUCUCUUCGGCUCCAUCCGUGCAUACACCAUUAUUUCCUACUGCCUGAUGGUAUUCAUCACCCUAUGGGCCAUCACUGCGCUGCUGGUCAAUACCUUCCAAUGCACACCGGUGCAAUACUACUACAAUAAAGACUUGGACGGACACUGCAUGAAGGGACAAGUUCAAUUCUUCCAGACCAUGGGAUCGAUUGCAUUGAUUGAAGACGUUAUCAUUCUCUGUCUUCCUCUUCCUGUGUUCUGGAACUUGAAGAUCAACGCUCGGCAAAAGAUCGCGUUAAUGAUCGUGUUUUCUCUCGGUGGACUCGUCUGUAUAUUCAGUCUAAUGCGCCUUAUUGAAUUCCGCAAUUUUCAAGUCACCGAUCUUGCCUCAUCUAGCGCCAAAGAAUCCAUCUGGACUUGCCUCGAACUCGAUGUGGCUAUCAUUUGCGGCUCUCUCCCACUCCUCAAUCCACUCGUGCAAGGCCUUCGCAGUACUACCAAGAGUGGCACCUCGAAAUAUAACUCGCAGCCCUACGCCGGAUCCAGCCACCACCUACAGUCAAUGCGGGGAAAGAAAACCGGUUUUCGAGAGCUUGAUAGUGAUCAAGCGGCGUCAACGAUAUCAAAGGGGGCUAAUGCCAUGGCUUCGACAAGUCGGGAGAGCACCGAUAUGGAGAGUAAUAGGCAAGACGUGGAUGGGACGUCCGAUAUGGGGAGUAUGGAUCCGGUGAUUCAUCUCAAGGAUCCACUAUAG